AUGGACAACUUGACAUUCAGACACAGCAUUCUUCUAGUGGAGGGACUCAAUGUUACACCUCAGUCUUCCUAUCCUGUUUUCAUCUUGCUUCUCUUGGUUUAUGUUUUUAUAAUGGUUUCCAACAUUGGACUUUUAAUUCUGAUCUCAACAGAGAAGAAUCUACAUCACCCUAUGCAUUUUCUGUUUUGUAACUUGCCACUGAAUGAUAUACUAGGGACCACUGUCAUUUUGCCACACUUGAUGCAGGACAUUUUUAGGAAAACAUCAGAGCGCUAUAUCACGUUUGUUGAGUGUGUCAUUCAAGCAUAUUUUGUACAUGUAUUUGCAGUAGCAUGCCAUUAUGUGCUAAUGAUAGGUCUCACUAUACGUCUGUCUCACUGUAGAUAUAAAAUUGAAAACCCUUUCUGUGACAAUGCCUCACUGUUUAAACUGUCCUGUGAAAAUGUGGUCAUUAAUAAUGUGUAUGGAUUGAUUUAUACUGUAAUUGUUUUCACCCUCUCACUGGGGUCAGUAUUUAUAACAUAUGUCAAGAUUGCUGCGGUAUGUAUAACCAGCAAAAACAAAGCACUCAACAGCAAAGCCAUAAAAACUUGCAGCACUCACAUAGCUGUUUAUUUAAUUAUGUUUGUUUCUUGUGGCACAUUUAUUUUUCUUCAUCGAUUUCCUGAAUACUCUGACAGCAGGAAACUGGCUAGUAUUAUGUUCCACAUUGUUCCACCAGGAUUAAAUCCCUUAGUAUAUGGUUUACAAACGAAAGAGAUCAGACAGAAGGUUAUACAAUUUUGGUUAAGGAAAAAGGUGAAUCCAUAG